AUGUCGUCUUACUGGGAGACCAUGAACUGCACCCAUCUCGACAAAUCCAACAAACUAUUACACCCCUCGCCGCCAAUGUGGAUCAACCGUGAUUCAAUGAACUGGGUCAGUUUACUAUCUCUCAUUAUGGUCGGUUGUAAUUCGCAGAUACUCAUCGUACUCGGAAAGAGGGAGAGGUCCAGAAUAGCUGAUUUUGUAUCAGUUACCUAUCAAGAUAAUGUUUCUAGUUGUAUUGAUUUUUGGUCGCCCGUAUAUCUAUUCAAAACCGUUUGUAAUAGAUUUGCCGUACGGUCGCAGCUCGGUCUUUUCACAAAACUGUCCAAUUGCCGCAUAAAGUAUAGGCUUUCCGAUGAAGAAGGGCGGACAUGAUUCUCCGCUGAACUUCAUCGGAACUACUCGAAAUUGUUGCAUUUCUCUUAUAUCUCAUGAAACAUUUCUUGCUCAAAAUUUUAUCAAACAAAAACUAGACUUCCUAAUUUCAGGCGGUACUCUAGAGGUUCUUUUCAACUCCAAUAAUGAUCACCAGUCUUUCCUAUUUUUGUGUCUUGCUCUUUCACGCGAUUUCUAAAAGUUUGCUGAUCAAAAAUCACACUAUGUUCUGUUUUGUUUCUCGUUUAUUCGCGGGUCUCUAGACGGUGAGAAGAUGAAGUGCCAGGGAAAAUGUUUUAUCCAAACAGAUCAAAAGUAACAUCAUUCUUCCCAUUUUCCCAAGCUCGGCUCGCAAGCCGGUUUGUUGACAAUGAGUCAGGAGAAACGAAUAAUGCGAGAAAAAGAGACAAAAAACCGAAACGACACGGGAAUUUGAACUGAUCUUUGCAUUGCACUUACACUUGCUCGUGUAUUCCGAUUGAAAAUUAAAAAUCGAAAGUUGCGUGCGCUUUGGCGGGGUUUUGGAAACGUGUUGAACACCAAAUGAAGAGAUCUUCUGAUUUAUCCUUGAUAUUCAGGUGGACGGAAGUUUGCCCUCUCACUCUCCGAUGUCGUCGGAUUCAAUAUCUCCGCUGCGCUCGCCGGCGGAGGACACCAACAUGAUGGAAUGUUCGUCGCACGAGCUUCCGCCGCCAGCGCCGGUCCGCAAGAUACGGAACGUCCGCAAAAGUGAUAAGCACCAUUGCUCGGUGUGUGGAGAUCGGGUCAGUUCGGUUCAAAAUGUGUCCUCCCUUGUUUCCCUGUACAUUUCCUGUAUUCGUGAUCAUUAAACGAAGAACAGUUUCAUCUCUUCGCCGAAUUACGACGAAAUAGAUGAAAUGGUGGAGGAUUUGAGAAAAUGAGAAAUGUAUUUUUAAGUUAAGUAUUCAAAAAAGUACAGAGAUCGAAAUGUGACAGGAAGUUCAGUUCGAUUAGAGGAUUAUUAGGAUUUGCCAUUAAAUGGGGUUAAAAACUCGUUUUGAAUUUUUGAAUCUCUAAAUUUCAGCCUACUGGAUAUCAUUAUGAUGUGCUCAGUUGCAAUGGAUGUAAAACCUUUUUCCGACGGACCAUAAUCAACAACCGCAGUUUUGUCUGCACAAAAGGAGGAAACUGUCAGUUCACAAAAGGUAAUAGUACACGAAUAGUCACUUCAUUCCAUUCCAACACAAUUCGUCUCAGAUUUUCGCUGUGCUUGCCGUGCUUGCCGCUUCGAGAAAUGUGUCCGCGUUGGAAUGAAUCCGGCAGCAAUCCAAUUUCCGCUCAACUCAGCGCACAGAGAGUCUGAUGACAGUGGAGACGAUGACGUGAUUGCAAAUCAGCAGGAUGACAAAUCUCUCGCCUUGAUUCCAUUUGUCGCCACACCACUCAGGGAAACAACCAUUCACACUUACCGAUGGGUGGAUGAAAUUGUGAGGACAUGGGGGAGGAAUCUGACAGAAACGGUGCGAAUUUACAGUUCCGACGAGAAGAUGCAGUGCUGCGACAUCGUGUUCCUGGUACUUUGCCGGUUGAAGAUGAUUUCUGUUUGGGACAACUUUUGAGAAAGAACAUACUCAUCGGAGGAGAUAGCAUGAUGAUUGACAGAGUACGCAACUAUUGAGCGAGUUGUUUCAAUUUUAAUAAUACAAAUAGUUCAGAAGCCAGGCACCCUGUAUACAAACGAUCCGGUGAGGUACUGGAUGGUUGUUGAUUUGCUUCUUAUUGUCGAGUUUGCGAAAACGUUUGAUUCUUUCCGAAAACUUAGCGAACUUGACCAGGUGCGUACCGUUUUUUUCCUCAACGUUUUCACUCAUCAGUUUAUUUUUCAGAAGUGUCUAAUUUCACACAUCGGAGGUGUCCUUCACGUGGCCACCCAAUCAUUUUAUUCGUAUUUCGAAGCCAAGUGUUGUACACUUACGUUCCCAGACGGCAUUAACGCUUUUGAACGAAAAAUGCAAGAUGUCAAAAAAGAUGGCAAACGGUAUUUGCUUCCAGAUAAAUCAGAACUGUUGCUGAUUCCAGACCUUUUAGACAAGUUUUCGUAAAUUAUUACGCCGAGAUGUAUAAUGAGCCGGUUAACGAGUUUUUGAAGAACAAGAUCACAAUGACCGAAUACUCGUUUUUCAAGUCGAUUUCUCUUUUCUCUCCUAGUAAGUCCUGAAUUUUUGGCAAAAGUAUCGUAAGUUUUGAUUUCAGAUAACCUGGAAAUGUCGACUGCCGGCCGAAUAAUUGUGAAUGAGGAGCGUGAAAGACUGACAACUCUUCUCAGAAAGUAUCUCGUAGCCGAGUAUGGUUUCAAGAUAGGAAUGAGCCGUUUUUCCUUCAUCUUGAUGGCAAUUUCAACAUUUGUCAUUUACGGAGAAAAGCGUCGGGAUUACAUUUCUGUAAGUAAAACAUUGCUUGGGGGGGUUUAGCACAUUAUUCAAAUUUUCAGUUGAUGAACCUUCUACAAUUUGACAUCGCGAACAUAGGAAAAGACAUCUACCUUCGGAAGCCAACUGAAAUGCUCUAG